UUACCGGCUCGGGUGCAAAGUUUCAGCCGUCUGCAAACGAGAGCUCGUCGGCAAAGGUUUCUGGAAUAUGCUGGUGUCGAUGACGGUCUGUUCACACGGCUGUUAAAGAUCGUCAGACGGAUUCAUUUUGUCUUUGGUGGUUUUCAGAAGUAGCCGAGUGAUGCUGCCGUCGCUGGAUAACAGCAGCGUGUGAAGACUCUGUUAGCAUCGAUCGUAUUGUCUCAGGGAGCUCGCUAGCUUAACGUAAGUCGUUAGCUCGGAGCUGUUACACACCGUAGAGCUAGCUAGCUGGUGUCCUAGUGAGCUCGUGAGAAGACACGGGAAAACGUUAUUAAACGUUAACUCGAAACUUGACUCAACGAAGGACCGUGAGGAAAGGAAAAUGACUUGCGAGCCUAACCGUGCCCGGUUGCUAUGCAUGCUCUCAUUGACUUUUGGGUUUUUCAUUGUGGAGGUGGUGGUCAGCCGAAUGACUUCAUCUCUAUCUAUGCUGUCGGACUCCUUUCAUAUGCUGUCGGAUGUCAUAGCGCUGGUCGUUGCUUUGGUCGCGGUGCGUUUCGCCGAGAAAACCCACUCCACCAACAAGAACACCUUCGGGUGGAUCCGGGCGGAAGUGAUGGGGGCUCUGGUCAACGCCGUCUUCCUCACGGCGCUGUGCUUCACCAUCGUCCUGGAGGCUAUCGAGCGGUUCACUGAGCCCCAUGAGAUCGAGAGUCCACUGGUGGUCGCAGGGGUCGGCGCCGCGGGGCUCCUGGUCAACCUGCUCGGGCUCUGCUUGUUCCACGGGCACGCCGGCGGAGGCCACGGACACUCCCAUGGAGGUCACUCUCAUGGAAAUAAGCACAAGAAGGGUAAAGCCGGCAAGUGCCAGAAGGCUGGGAAUGGGUCCUCAGGGGAGGAGACCAACAACUUAGUGGGAAAUCACAACAGCCCUGGUGAUGCAAGACCUAGAAAUGAAAUCAGUUGUAAAGACAGCACAGAGGUGCAGAUGAAUGGCAACACCCCCUACGAGGAGAUGGACCAUGACCACGACUCGUCGGCGCAGCUCAACAUGCGUGGGGUCUUCCUGCACGUGUUGGGUGACGCCCUUGGCUCUGUCAUCGUGGUGGUCAAUGCUGUAAUAUUCACCUUUGUGUGGCAGCCCUGCAUAAAAGGCGAGGCAUGUGUGAACCCAUGUAUCAACAGCCACACCACGGAUCACCAGCAUGUCAAUCACACACUGAUCGACCUGCUGGAAGGCCCCACUAUGUCGGCCAUGAAGAGUGCUGGCCCCUGCUGGGUCCUCUACCUGGAUCCCACCCUCUGCAUCAUCAUGGUCUGUAUCCUGCUGUAUACUACUUACCCGCUGCUCAAAGAGUCAGCGCUCAUCCUGCUGCAGACUGUGCCCAAGCAGAUCAACAUGCACCGGCUCAAUGAGCGGCUACUAAGUCUAGAUGGCGUCCUGGCCAUCCACGAGCUGCACAUCUGGCAGCUGGCUGGCAGUCGCAUCAUCGCAACGGCGCACAUCAAGUGCCACGACCCCACAUCUUACAUGGAGGUGGCCAAGCGCAUCAAGGACUUCUUCCACGACGAGGGCAUCCACGCCACCACCAUCCAGCCUGAGUUUGUCACGUUCAGCUCAGAGUCUCGAGACUCCCUCUGCGAGCUCUCCUGUCGGACUCAGUGCGCUCCCAAGCUGUGCUGUGGCUCCGCGGACAAACAGAACGCUGAUAAGAAGGCCGGCACUGACUGCAGGGCCGCUGCUGCCUCAGCCCUGGAGGUGAUUAGUGAGACCCCAGAGCAGGCUGCAGGCGUUCAGGUGCUCCCUCGGUCAGAGGCUGCGGUUACCAUCACUAGGGAGGUGGAGUCGUCUCUGUGAGAUGGAGGGGAUGGAGCGAAACCAAGGAGAAGCUGGAAAAUCACCACAUAAGGCUAAAAUCAUCAUGGACGCUGUAAUCGUUCUGACCCGUAGCUCUGUCUGGCUGAAACAACCACCCCAACCUCCCCCUCUGUGUUCAUGCAUUUGAGCCAUUUCUUUUCAUCUUCCCUCUCUCUGUAUACCCAUCCCACCCCCUCCCUCCCUUCCAGCCUCCCCUCUGCCACCCGUCCUCUCUCUUGUUGUCUGUUGCCCUGGCAGUAUGGUGGCGAUGCAUGUUGGGGUUCACUGACCUUAUCAGCGCGAGCGAGGCCUGCAUGUGUGUCCCUCAUUAGCACCGUGUUGUGAUGUGUCAUCUCGUCCCAUGGUGUUUCUGUGCCAAAGCUUCUCAAUGCAGGACUAAAGGGAUCUGAGUGACGUCCUCUCCUCAAAAAAAAAAAAGGACACAAACACAACACAUGCAAGUCAGAGCACACAUCACUAGGUUAUGUUGUUUAGCCUUGGACCUGUUGGCAAAGAGUCUACCUUUUUUUUUUUGUGUUAUUUUGCGUAGGCUUUGAGCAGAUCUAUUUUCUUACCCUCUGGCCCCACAUGGAAGAGUAUUGUGUUGCAUAAUAAUUUAAUUAUUUAAGUUAUUAGAAAUGAUCUAUUUCUCUCUGUAGAUGCUGUUUGUAAUAUUUAGUUUGGAUGAUAGAAACAUUUUUUGCAAUUUUUCUGUCUUGAGUUUUUCGACAGACUAUCUAUGCUGUAGUCAGUUUUUUUCAAAUGUGACGUUUUAUAACGAUUUUAUUUCUCAAGACUUUUCUCUGGCCUUGACUUUUACUUGCAGUCAUUAGUUGGAUACAGAAGCCGUAUCAACACCUCUCUCACCUUGCCUUUUAAACACAAACACCUGCUGUGGGGUAUAGCACUAAGUAUAGUAGACACAGUGUAACUGAACCUCUUGCAUUGGCACAGUCACCUAAUUAAAUGUUCAUUCAUAAAUUUGAUGCCUUGCAAGCCAGAGAGUGGGGUCUGUCGUGAAGAACUGAGCACUGUACGCCGUUAAUGAAACACUAUCCUCUGUAUGAAUCUGUACUGGAAAGCUUUAAGAUGAUGGCUGUUUAUUCUCAUUGAAAAUCCUCAUGAAUGUGUUCGGCACCGUGUCACAAACCAUGCUGAGGGAGUUUUUUAUAUUUCAAGGAUGUUCUACUAUUUGCAUGACCAAACUGAGACCUGGUGUUCGACAUUCAGGAGCUUGACCAAGAGCUCAAGUUGCUGCUUACCAGUACCUGCUGGUAUCCCCCAACAUUACUCAUAACUGUGUAGGAAUGACUCAUCAUAUAGCUUUUCUGUCCACCACCUCGGGCAGCUGAGCAGGCUGUGUUUGCUGAAUUGAAGUCCAUAUGGUGGCCUUUUAAAUUGACACAUUUUUCCUUCAUCACCACGGAUAUCGUUUAAAGGUGACCUAUCGAUGUGUUUUCAGAUUUCCACUCCUGAGUAAAUGUGUAUGCAAUAUAGAAAUAUGUGCUGGGAAAUGUAUUUUGAUGCGUUCCUUCAUUUGUAAUGUUCGGUCACUUUUAUUCAGUGUCUUUUAAGACUUGAGCUCUCUGUGCAAAAUUGAAAACAAAAGUGUUUUUUUAAUUUUAGAUAUGACAUGUCGACUGAUGUGUUUUUGAUAUACUAUAUAUCUUAUAUAUCUACAGUACCUGUCCAGUGUGUCAUUGUGAAAUAAAAAACAAUAUAUGGCUGUUUGGUACAGUUGAUGAGCCCAAA